CGCCGCCCGGGCUGGCGAUGUGAGGGCGGCAGCGGCGGUGAGCAGGAGCGCGGCACGGCGCGGAACGGAAGGCGGGCGGGCCCCGAGCGGAAGCGGGCCGGGCCCGGCGGCGAGGAGGAGCGCGGCGCCGGCGGGGGCGGCCGGGCGCGGGCGUGCGAUGGAAACGCACAUCUCGUGCCUGUUCCCCGAGCUGCUGGCCAUGAUCUUCGGGUACCUGGAGGUGCGGGACAAGGGCCGGGCGGCGCAGGUGUGCACGGCCUGGCGGGACGCCGCCUACCACCGGUCGGUCUGGCGCGGCGUGGAGGCCAAGCUGCACCUGCGCCGCGCCAACCCCUCGCUCUUUCCCAGCCUGGCGGCGCGGGGCAUUCGGCGGGUACAGAUCCUGUCGCUGCGGCGCAGCCUGAGCUACGUGAUCCAGGGCAUGGCGGACAUCGAGAGCCUCAACCUCAGCGGCUGCUACAACCUCACCGACAACGGGCUGGGCCACGCCUUCGUGGCGGAGAUCAGCUCCCUUCGCUCUCUCAACCUGAGCCUCUGCAAGCAAAUCACGGACAGCAGCCUGGGCCGCAUCGCUCAGUACCUCAAGGGUCUGGAGGUGCUCGAGUUGGGGGGCUGCAGCAACAUCACCAACACCGGCCUCCUCCUCAUCGCCUGGGGCCUGCAGCGCCUCAAGAGCCUCAACCUGCGCUCCUGCCGGCACCUCUCCGACGUGGGCAUCGGGCACCUGGCAGGCAUGACACGCAGCGCGGCCGAGGGCUGCCUAGGCCUGGAGCAGCUCACGCUGCAGGACUGCCAGAAGCUCAGUGACCUCUCGCUCAAGCACCUAGCCCGCGGGCUGGGCCGCCUCCGCCAGCUCAACCUCAGCUUCUGUGGGGGCAUCUCGGAUGCGGGGCUGCUGCACCUGUCGCACAUGAGCAGCCUGCGCAGCCUCAACCUGCGCUCCUGCGACAACAUCAGCGACACUGGUAUCAUGCAUCUGGCCAUGGGCAGCCUGCGGCUCUCCGGCCUCGACGUCUCCUUCUGUGACAAGGUGGGAGACCAGAGCCUAGCCUAUAUCGCACAGGGCCUGGACGGGCUGCGCUCCCUCUCCCUCUGCUCCUGCCACAUCAGCGACGAGGGCAUCAACCGCAUGGUGCGACAGAUGCACGGGCUCCGCACCCUCAACAUCGGCCAGUGCGUCCGCAUCACUGACAAGGGCCUGGAGCUCAUUGCUGAGCACCUCAGUCAGCUCACCGGCAUCGAUCUCUACGGCUGCACCCGCAUUACAAAGCGGGGCUUGGAGCGCAUCACCCAGCUGCCCUGCCUCAAGGUGCUCAACCUGGGACUUUGGGAAAUGACUGAGAGCGAGAAGGUCAGGUGAGAGGAGGGGGGCACCCUGAGACCUCCAUCUCCUCUGGAGGGACUCACUGACUGACUGCUGCAAUGGAGGAGAGAGAGAGGGGCACGCACAGAGCCAUGCUACCCACGCACCCUUGCACUGGAGGGAGUAACAGAGAGAAACCCUUCUGUGCUACCUACCUACCCUUGCUCUGGAGGAGGGAGAGGAAGGGGGGGGCAGGAGGAGAGAGAGAAAGCACCUAUCCCUUUUCCAGGUCAUAGCUCCAUGCUGGGGAGAUGGAGCUCCCCCUUCCCCUACAGCAUUCUUCCCUGCAGAGAAGGUAGAAGCCCACACUCUUAUGCACUGGGGCUAGAGAACACCCCUCUCUAUUCCCACUCCCUCAUUCCAUCCCCUUGUGCACUAAGGAUGGAUAACGACAGGCCCUUGUUCUGCCAUGUAUUCAGAAUCGAUUAUUUUUGGUUUAUGUAAAGGAGAGUGGGAAUGGAGGUGGGAACAAACAAUUAACAACAGCAGAAAAGGCUUCCUAGCUACACUUACAUCCCUGGCCACCCAGUCACCCUGUGCUGGGCACAGACAGCGUUUUGUAAAAUAACCAUUCCACCUCUGCGCUUGCCCCUCCCCUGUCAGCUGGGAAUUGUGACAAAAAUACUGCUCCCUAGGUACAUUGAUUUUUAUUUUUUUAACUCUUCACUCUCUAGUUCCAUGUGGGUGGAUACAGCCUCCCACUAUUCCAGUUCUCCACUGCACUGAGACUAGGGAUAGCUACAGCCUCUCCUUUUAUCAGUAUGUUUGUGUCAUCCUGCACUAUUGUUAAUGGAAAAGCCUAGGCACUCCAUUCUCACCAUCUCUCUACUGGAGAUGAAGAUACCAUUUCCUCCUGUCUCUGUGGGGACUGGACGUGGACCCCAGUCUCUUAAGCCUUUCCUUGCACUGGGGGACACCAAGACUCGUCUUCCCUUUCUUUCCCCACCCCCUCCCUUUUCUUGGCAACAGGGAUAGACAUAUCCAGCUACAUAUCCAUUCCUCAUUGAGUUGGGGGGUGAGCAGGGGUAGGAGGGGUGGCUAGCUCCCUUCUACCCAGGGGACUCGAGGAAGAAUCUCCAGCUUAAUUUCUGCUUCGUUUGAGAUACUGUGACCUGUUUUUAUUUUGAAAUGCAUAAAAGGAAAUUACUGCUACAAAAACAGCCUCUUACUCUCCCAUCUAUCCCUUGCUUACGUCCUGUGACUGAUCCCAGUUUUCCUCACUCAUUCUCUUUACAGUAUUCAUUUUCUUACAUGAUUUUAAAAGACAUUUGAAGUUGCUGUUCUUGUGAAUUUUUAAGUACAUUUUUUUUUCUGCUGAAUAUAUUCUAUAUAUAUAAAUAUAUAUAUGAUGUCUGGCUACCUCGUUUUAAUUUGUUACCUUUUUUCCUUUUUUUUUUCCUUUUUUUUGGCUUUUUUUUUUUUUUGUUGGUUAGUUGUUGUUUGUUUGUUUUUUUCCUCCUCAAAAGCCCUGGAAUUCUUACAGGAAAGAGAUUUUGAGAAUCAAAACGUUUUUGUGCCUAGACUGGAAUAAUGCCCCAUGGGUUUGUUGGUUUGUUUUUUUGGGGUUUCUUCUUAAUCCCUCUUCUCCCUUCCCCUUGAUUUCUUCCUUCCCUCCUUUCUCCCCCUCACCCAAAUUUUGUUUUUAAGCUUACCCUACUGUGUCCCACUUUCGCGUUCUGGCUGUGCCUCUCCCUCCCUCUUCACUGGGGACUGGGGACCCAAACUGUGCUUCUGCAUUUUUUACUCUUCUAGCACAAACAUGUAACGUGAGAAUCUGUGCUGAGGAUUGGGCUACUGUUAACAGAAAUGUGUCAAAUGCAAGUUUUUGGUUUGAUUUUGAUUUCCCCCCCCCCCCUCCUUUAAAUUAAAUAUAUAAAUAUAUGCAAAUGCUUUCCCCUCCCUUCCCAAAUCACCUACAAAAGGUCACUAUGCCAGGCUUCCUGUUUGUAGGUGGAGAGGAGCAAAGCUGGCCUGCAGGCCCUGAGGCUGCAAUGUGAAGGGGAGGAGACUGAAGUUCAUCUGUCUUAUCUCUGUUCUGUCAAUAAAAUGGAGCUGGGUCUUUAGAUUUUUUUUUUAAUGAUUAUUUUUUAAAAA